AUGGCGUCCGGAUACCCCGCGCUGGAUUUGCAGCAAUUAGCUGGCUAUUAUCAUCGCUGUUCCGAAGUCGGCGCGCCUGCGGUCGGCGACGGCAUUGAUAGCGCGCAGCGGGCAGCGGGCCCUUCCGCUGGCGAGGCGCGGCCGGCCCAGAGCCAUGCCGCGGCGGCCCCACAGCCACCUGCUUACUACCUGCUGGUGCCUGCUACCUGCCCCGCUGACGGCUCUAUCGGGGGCCGCGGCGUGACGCUGCGGUCGCACGACUGCAUGCGGCCGCCGCUCGUGACCGAAUCGCGAAUUGCGGCCGAGUCGCCGCAGCCGACAUCGCUGAGGUUGUCGGCACUUUUGUCGGAAAACAUCGUUUUACUGUACUCCCAGCCAAUGAUUCGCCUAUUAAAUCCCGAGCCUGCGCCGUCCCCGCCCUCGUCCUCGGAGGGCAGCCGCGAGUCGUCGACGCCCGCGGCCGGCGCCACCCCCGCCAGCCACUGCGACGGGGACUCGGACCACGGAGGCGGCUGCGGCGCGGUGCCCGCCCCCGCGCUGGCGCCCGCCCCCGCAGGCGGAGGCGGAGGCGCACCCUCGGACCACGACGACCUGGACGAGGUGGAUGCCGAAGCGGAGGCGCCGCGGCGCAAGCAGCGCCGCUACCGCACCACCUUCACCUCGUUCCAGCUGGAGGAGCUGGAGAAGGCCUUCGCCAGGACGCACUACCCGGACGUCUUCACCAGGGAGGAGCUUGCGAUGAAGAUAGGCCUGACAGAAGCACGUAUACAGGUGUGGUUCCAGAACCGGCGCGCCAAGUGGCGCAAGCAGGAGAAGGUGGGCCCGCAGGCGCACCCCUACUCGCCGCUGCAGGCCUACGGGGCGCCGCCCGCCGCCGCCGCCGACGCGCCGCCCCUCGGCCUGGACGUGCGCAGCUCCAGCAUCGCGGCGCUGCGCCUCAAGGCCCGCGAGCACGAGCUGCGCCUCGAGAUGCUGCGCAACGACGGCGACGUCGCCAGCUGA